AAUCCAGUCGACCACCAGAAGAAAUAGAAAGAGCGAAAGUAAGUUGUUUUGUCUGACACCAGUCCUCUCUUGGAAUGCGCCUAUCAGCUGACAUCCAUGCAGCACUUUGAAGUAAUUUCUGUCUUAUGAAUUGUGUGAUAUUGACAAUCUCUUCAGGUACACCAUAGUGUUAAAGACAAAUGCUUUCUCAAAAUCAAGGAAUUUGAUGUAUAAUGACGCGUUUCAUCCAAUUAAUUGCUCAACAAUGAUUCGUAGUAUCGCGAUGAGGUCGGUGCACAAGCGAUCCUUACGAAAUCCAGCCUGCAGAUCUCGAAGUUGGGCGUCUACUGAAUCUUCCAUCCGAUUUGACAACGAUUUGUUUAAAACCUUCUCCUGUUCCUGAUAGUAGUGUGAUGUCUGUAGUCCUCACACUUGCUCAGAUCGCCUUUCUUUGGUAUCUUGAUGAGAUGUCCUUCCUCCCAAAUUUCCCUGAAUGGAACAUGGAGUAUCUUUGCAGUUGCCUGUAUGCCUGACUUCAGUGCUUCGGCUGGUACAUUGUCAGGUCCUGCUGUUCUUCUACUCAUGAUUUGUCUAGUGGCCAUGCUGAUUUCUUCGAUCGUUGGUGAAGUGACAGGUAUGGGAAGGUUUGUAGGUGCUGCCCCGAUGUCCGAUGGGUUUAGUGGAGCUGGUCUACUCAAGAGUUCUUCAGUGUUCUAUUCACCUGUUCCUCUGUUCUUGAAUCUUAGUGAUUGGCUUGCCUUCUUUGUCCUUGACCGGUCUCUCUAGUUUGCUAUAUAUCCCUGCUUGUUUUUUCGUUGUAUCAUAUCG